AGAUUCGUGAACCAUCAGUACCGGAAUGAGUAGGAUUGUCGGGAUCGCCAUCUUGGCGAUCGGUUUAGCCAGUUUCCAGAGCAAUCUUAAUGUGCAUUGUACUCCAUUGCAUCCGAAACUGUUUGGUUUGGAGGAGCACGAACCACGCGCCCAACUAGAUCACUACCGGCUAAACGAUGACGUGUGGCCGACUCAUUACGAUAUCGAAAUUAAACCAUAUUUUGAGCCAGAACCCGACAAGGAGGCAUUUACGUUCGAUGGCAGCACUGCCAUUACUGUCACCGCAACAAAAGAGAACGUUACGCAAAUUAAACUGCACAAGGCGCAUAUGACCAUUGCGUCCUGGAGCGUGAUGCGUAAAAGCAACAGCAUGGUAGUACGCAGCAUCAACGAAACGUACGACGAGGAAACGCAAAUACUUACGCUACAUCUGAACGAAACUUUGCUCAAGAAUGUGGAAUAUCUCAUGGUGUUCAAUUACGUCGGUGUGAUGGAGGAAAAUAUGCGAGGAUUCUACCGAAGUUACUACAUGGAGAAUGGAACGAAAGUGUGGCUUGGAUCGACCCAGUUCGAACAGAUGGAGGCACGCCGAGCAUUUCCGUGCUUUGACGAGCCCAAGUACAAGGCAACGUUUCAGCUGAAGCUUAACUACAAGCAUCUCGAAUACAAGGUGUUCUCCAACACGCCCAUCCAGAGCAGUGUACCUAUCGCAAACAAUCGUACACUGACAACGUUUAGCAUCACACCAAAAAUGUCCAGCUAUCUGUUAGCGUUCAUCGUUGCACCAUACAACACCAGCGGAGAUAAUCUCGUGCGUGUUCUAUCGCGCCCUGAAGCCACCAAUCAGACGGCGUACAGUGUCGGCGAGGGUGCAGAAUUGCUGCAAGCCUUGGGUAACUGGGUACAGUAUCCAUUUAACAAUGUGACGGAAAUUACCCACAUGUACAUGGCGGCCGUGCCCGAUUUUGCUGCCGGAGCGAUGGAAAACUGGGGCUUGAUCACCUACCGCGAAUCAAGCUUACUGUACGUACCGGAAGAUGCCACCAGACUACAGCAGCAACGCAUCGCCACCAUCAUUUCGCACGAGCUGGCUCACCAGUGGUUCGGUAACCUGGUCACUUGCGAAUGGUGGGACGUGACGUGGCUUAAUGAAGGGUUUGCUACCUUCUUCGAGUACUUUGGCACUGCGUUGGUUGAGCCGAGCUGGGAGCUCGAUCAGCAGUUUGUGGUCGAGAAACUGCACACUGCAAUGCAAGCGGAUAGCUCACUGCUGACGCAUCCAAUGACACAUCCGGUUUACACGCAGUCACAAGCAAGCGCCAUAUUCGAUAGCAUAUCCUACAACAAAGGAGGAGUUGUGUUGCGAAUGUUGGAACACUACAUGACGAAGGAGGUGUUUCAAGCCGCUAUAAGAGAAUAUGUGAAGGAUCGUCAAUUCGCAUCAUCACGUCCGGAGCACCUUUUUGCGGUGCUGAAUAAAUACAAUGUCAGUGCAAGCACGUACAUGAGCCCAUGGACAACACAGCCAGGAUUCCCGCUCGUAACCGUCACCGGGAGCGAAAACGGAUUUACCAUCACUCAGCAACGAUUCCUUACGAAUGGAACCACUCAGAACGAUAAACUGCUCUGGCCAUUGCCAAUCACCUACGCAACCAAAGCGGAUGAAUUCGACACCACUAAACCAACGGUUGUCGCUACCGAGUCGUACAACAUUUCCCUUGCUGAUGCUUCCUCCGUGCAGUACUUCAUACUGAACAACCAACAAGUGGGCUACUAUCGAGUGCACUACGAUGAAGUAUUAUGGGAAAAGAUCAACAAAGCUCUUCGCAGCAGAGGUUUCGGAGGCAUACAUGUGCUUAACCGUGCGCAAAUCGUCGACGAUCUAUUUAAUCUGGCCAGAGCAGAUCUGCUUGGAUAUCGGAAAGCGUUGGACUUGUUGGAAUACCUUUCGGAGGAAACCGAGUACGUUCCUUGGGUGGCUGCUGCCACCGGACUGGCUACACUGUCGCUGAGAAUACAUCCCGAAGAUGAGCAACUCUUUUCGGUAAGUGUGCGUGUAAAUUGUCAAUACGUUUUGAGCAUGUUUGAAAAAGUCUACGAGUAUGUUCAAUUCCAAACUCCUGCACCCCAGGAGCGUCGUUUGCACACUUACUUGCGACGAGUGGUACUCGACUGGACCUGCCGCUACGGACAUGAGGAUUGUACUAAGAGUGCAUUGAAAGAAUUUGAAGCAUUCCGUGCCAAUUCGAGUGCAAAGGUUCAUCCCGAUCUUCGCCAGGUGGUGUACUGUGAAGGUGUACGCAGGGGUUCGAUCGAGCAGUUUGAUUUUCUGCUAAAUCUAUACCUCACGACCAAUGUGGCUACCGAACAACAACUCACGCUACAGGGAAUGAGCUGCGCAACGGACAAAACAGUAGUGCACAAAUUUAUGAACCUCACAAGUUCUUCGGAUGUGCGCAGUCAGGAUAAGAGUGGCGCGUUUGCCAUGUUGCUUAACAAUCAAGGGGCGCUGGAACCGGCCGCUUCCUUCCUUGUGGAAAACAGUGCACGUUGGGCUGAAGCUCACGGCGGCUAUGAAUAUGUUGCGAUGGCUCUGGGUGGUAUCCUAUCGCGAGUGAAGAACGAAACCGUGAGAAACACUGUAGCACAAUUUGCCGAAGAAAGCAAACAAGUGCUGGGACCGGAUGCGUACGAGCUCAUCAUCAAAGGUUUGGAGGAAUUCGACAACAAUCAACAGUUUACCAUGAGUCACCGAAAUGAGAUACUUGGCUUCCUCACACUCAAAGCUGCCAGUGGCGGCGCAUCGCGAACUGUUAUCUUUAACCUCGUUAUAGCGAUGUGUUUGGCACUGGUGAUGGCAUUUUGGAUGACAUUGGCGGAAAAACUAGCGCUGGUGGCAAUAGUCACCUAUGUCUGUGUUGCGAUAUCUCGCGCAAGUCCACUAGAUCCGGAACGUUACUUUUUGGUGGAGGUCGAACCACGUGCUCAGCCGGAAGAGUAUUUAUUGAACGAUGAUGUGUGGCCUUUACAUUACGAGAUUGAAAUCAAACCGUAUCUGGAACCCGAAGGAAACAAGCUACAGUUUACAUUUGAUGGUAGUGCGAAGAUAACGGUCCACACCCAGAAGCAGGAUGUGCGACAGAUUAAGCUGCACCAGGCAAGGAUGAAUAUCAGCGCUUGGAGCGUUACGCGCAAAUCGGACAACACCGUGAUACCAACACAGCAGGAGAUGUAUGACGAGGAAACGGAAAUUUUAACGCUGCCCUUGAGUACAGCUCUGGAAGUAAACGUGGAGUACGUGCUGUCGUUUACGUACGUCGGCAACAUGGAUGAGGAUAUGCACGGUUUCUACCGUAGCUACUAUUGGCAGAACGACGUGAAGGUGUGGAUGGGAUCGACACAGUUCCAGCAGACCCACGCGCGUCGUGCUUUCCCUUGCUUUGAUGAGCCAAAGUUUAAGGCCACCUUCCAGCUAAAGCUCAACCACAAAACGCAGUACAAUGUGUACUCCAACACACCGAUCGUGAGCUCCACGACCCCAGAAGUCGGCCGCAGCCUAACAACGUUUGGAAUUACUCCGACGAUGUCGUCGUACCUGGUAGCAUUCAUCGUGGCGCCCUAUGAGGUGAACGAACGUAGCGGUAUGGGUAUUCUCGCUCGACCGCAGGCUAGGAACCAGACGGACUACAGUUUGAGUGUAGGGAUCGAUCUAUUGAAGGCACUCGGUGACUGGAUUGACUAUCCUUACUCCAAUGUCCCUGCAAUGACGCGCAUGUAUAUGGCUGCUGUACCAGACUUUUCGGCCGGAGCCAUGGAAAACUGGGGACUGCUCACUUACAGAGAAACGAACAUACUCUACCGUUCGGAUGAUUCAACCAGCUUGCAGCAACAGCGUAUUGCAGCCGUUAUUUCGCACGAGAUCGCUCACCAGUGGUUCGGUGAUCUUGUCACUUGCGAAUGGUGGGACGUGACCUGGCUGAACGAGGGUUUCGCCCGCUACUAUCAAUACUUCGGUACCGCACUAGUCGAGACGGAUUGGGAUCUCGAAGACCAAUUUGUGGUAGAACAACUCCAGGGUGUGAUGCAGAUGGACAGCUUGAUGUCCACCCAUCCUAUGACGCAUCCCGUGUACACGCAAUCGCAGGUCAGCGGUAUAUUUGAUAAUAUUUCCUACAACAAGGGAGCGGUUACGUUGCGCAUGAUGGAACACUACCUCGGUACGGUCAAGUUCCAGACCGCUCUGCGGGCAUACAUUAAGGAUCGUGCAUUUAAAACCACACGUCCAGAGGAUCUGUUUAACGCGCUGAAUCGCUACGAUCCAGGUGCCAGAAGCUUUAUGGAACCAUGGACGGUUCAGUCCGGCUACCCACUGGUAACCGUUACCAGCCGUGACGGUGGAUUCACUCUCACCCAGAAACGCUUCCUGGUCAACGAACCGGAUCACACAGAUCAGACGACCUGGCCCUUGCCUAUUACCUAUGCAACGGAUGCGAAUGGAUUUGCCAAUACGGUCCCCAUCAUUUUUUCUGAAAGGACGAUGGAAGUUGAUGUCCAGGGUGCUACGGACCUUAAGUACUUCAUUCUAAACAAUCAGCAAGUUGGCUAUUACCGUGUAAACUACGACGCCAUUUUGUGGGGAAAGAUAAGCAAGGCGCUGAACAGCGAAGGAUUUGGAGGCAUUCAUGUACUUAACCGUGCCCAGAUUGUUGACGAUCUGUUCAAUUUGGCGCGUGCAGAUAUUGUACCGUACGGUACGGCAUUGGAAAUUCUGGAAUAUCUGAAGGAUGAAACCGAUUAUGCGCCAUGGUUGGCGGCCAUCAACGGUCUCACUACGCUGUCACGCAGGGUUCACGCAGACGAUGAAAAACUAUUCACGCUGCACAUCUUGGACAUCUUUUCUAAGGCAUACGACACUGUCCAGUUCAAAGCGCCAAGCGCAACCGAACGACGAGUCUUUACGUACAUGCGUCAGAAUGUACUUCAAUGGGCUUGCAACUAUGGACAUGACGAGUGCAGCAAAGCGGCGGUAGCCGAAUUCGACAGAUACCACAAAAAUCCUUCCGUCAAAGUUCAUCCUGACCUGCGCCAGGUAGUAUACUGUGAAGGAAUUCGUAAAGGUUCGAUGGAGCACUUCCAAUUCUUGUGGAACGAAUAUUUGACGACAAACAUGGCUACGGAGCAGAUUCUUAUACUGCAGGGUUUGAGCUGUGCUUCAACGAAUGAAAUGAUUACCGCUAUGUUGGAACAAAUCGUUUCGCCGCACGUUCGACUGCAAGAUAAAAGUAACGCAUACACGUACGUCAUCAAUAACCCAUACACGCUACCACACGUUUCACGCUAUCUCCAGCAAAACCAUGCCAAAUGGGUCUUAGCCUUCGGUAGCUACUCGAAUGUUGCUUCUGCAUUUAACAAUCUUCUCGCCCGUCUGAAGAGUGACAGUGAGCGGGAUGCGAUCAGUACUUUCGUCGAGGCAAACAAGGCUACUCUUGGCCAAGCUGCAUACGAUUCGAUUAAGACCGGAUUGGCGGAAUACGAAACCAACAAACAGUUUACUCUUCGAAACCGCGGCGAGAUCAGUGAGUUCCUGGACAAGAAGAUCAAUGGUGGUGCGGCAACCAUGAUUGCUAAUGUAUCGAUGAUUGUUGGACUGCUGAUGCUGGUCCUAGCGCGUUGGUAAUU